AUGGAGGCCGCCUCCAGCUCUUUCUCAGGUCAUUGCUCCUCUUCCUCUUGUGCGGAGCCCCGGCCUCGUUACCGGUUCGGUCUGCAACAGACGCCGGGAAGCGGCGGCCCUCCGUCUUCCUCGAACGACGAGGCCCGUCGCCCUCAGAAAGGCAGAGACGCCAGCAGCAGCCUUUCCACGGCCUUCCUCCCAAGGGGGUUGGAAGAUUCAUACUUUGGAGACAAGAGUUCUUAUGCAGAAAACAUUAGCACGGUGAAUUUGACAAGCCCUUCAACUAGAGGUCUAAAUACUGCUCGGGUACGGAAAACACCUCUUUCUUCUAGUAGAGUAGGAUAUAAAAAUUGGACUCCUUUCAUGGGAUAUUCAGUUACAUCAUCUUCAGCAGUCUCCAGCCAUAGUGUUGCAUCUGUUAUUGUGGCUGUAAUAGAAGGAAGAGGUCUUGCUAGAGGUGAAGUGGGAAUGGCAAGUAUUGACUUAAAAAAUCCAGAAGUUGUGCUAUCUCAGUUUGCAGACAAUACAACAUAUGCCAAGGUUAUCACCAAACUCAGAAUUUUAACACCCUUAGAAAUAAUAAUGUCAAAUACUGCAUGUGAUACAGGAAAUGCAACAAAAUUGUUCAGUUUGAUAACAGAAAAUUUCAAGAAUGUGACUUUUACAACAGUCCAAAGAAAAUACUUCAAUGAAACAAAAGGCUUGGAAUAUAUUGAACAAUUAUGUACACCUGAAUUCAGCACUGUUCUAAUGGAAGUUCAGUCCAAAUAUUACUGUCUGGCAGCUGUUGCAGCUGUGCUGAAGUAUGUUGAGUUCAUUCAAAAUUCAGUUUAUGCACCUAAGUCACUUAAGAUUCGUUUCCAUGGAAGUGAGCAAACAGCAAUGAUUGAUUCAACAUCAGCCCUAAAUCUUGAAUUAAUAACUAACAAUAGGGAUCCUAGGAAUGGUCAUACUCUUUUUGGCGUUCUAAAUUACACUAAAACACCAGGGGGAAGCCGAAGACUUAGAUCUAAUAUUCUAGAACCUCUGAUAGAUACUGAUUCCAUUAACACAAGACUGGAUUCUGUUCAAGAGCUCCUUCAAGAUGAGGAACUCUUUCUUGGCCUUCAGUCAGUUAUUUCAAGAUUCCUGGACACAGAACAACUACUUUCAGUUUUAGUUCAAAUUCCAAAGCAGGAUACGAUUAAUGCAUCUGAAUCAAAGAUAACAAAUAUAAUUUAUUUGAAGCACACCCUGGAACUUGUGGAGCCUUUGAAGGAUGCUUUAAAAAGUUAUAAGACAACAUUAUUAAAGGCUUACUAUAGUUCUUUGGAAGACAACAGAUUUGGCAUCAUACUUGAAAAGAUUAAAACUGUUAUUAAUGAUGAUACAAGAUAUACAAAAGGCUGCUUGAAUAUGAGAACUCAGAAGUGCUAUGCAGUGAAACCUAAUAUCAACGAAUUCCUUGACAUAGCACGAAGAACAUACACUGAGAUUGUAGAUGAUAUAGCAGGAAUGAUAACACAGGUUGCAGAAAAAUAUAACCUUCCUUUGAAAACAAGUUUUAGUUCAGCUCGAGGAUUUUUUGUUCAGAUGAAUGCUGACUGCGCAGCAAUACACAAUGGUCAGCUUCCUUCAGAAUUUACCAAGAUUACUAAAAUGAAAAAUGUAUAUAGCUUUACUUCACCGGAUUUAAUGAAAAUGAAUGAAAGAUGCCAGGAGUCUUUGAGAGAAAUUUAUCACAUGACCUACUUGAUAGUGUGUAAACUACUGAGUGAAAUCUAUGAACAUAUUCAUUGCCUAUACAAACUCUCUGACACUGUAUCUAUGCUAGAUAUGUUGCAGUCAUUUGCCCAUGCUUGCACCCUUUCUGACUAUGUACGUCCUGAGUUUACUGACACAUUAGCAAUAAAGCAAGGAUGGCAUCCUGUUCUUGAAAAAAUAUCUUUUGAGAAACCUAUUUCCAACAAUACUUACAUCACAGAGGGAAGUAAUUUUAUCAUAAUUACAGGACCAAACAUGAGUGGAAAGUCAACCUACUUAAAACAGAUAGCUCUUUCUCAGAUUAUGGCACAAAUUGGAUCUUUUGUCCCAGCAGAAUAUUCUUCUUUUAGGAUUGCUGAGCAAAUAUUUACUAGAAUAGGUAUGGAUGAUGAUAUCGAAACAAAUUCAUCAACAUUCAUGAAGGAGAUGAAAGAGAUAACAUAUAUCAUACAAAAUGCUAAUGACAGAUCACUUAUCAUAAUUGAUGAGCUUGGCAGAGGUACCAGUCCUGAAGAAGGCAUUGGCAUAUGUUAUGCGGUCUGUGAAUAUCUUCUGAAUUUGAAGGCAUUUACGCUCUUUGCUACUCAUUUCUUAGAAUUAUGUCAACUUGAUGCCUUAUAUCCCAAUGUGGAAAACAAUUAUUUUGAAGUGCAGCAUGUGAGAAGCAGUUCUGGAAUUAGGGACAAUAUUGCUUAUACUUACAUUCUUUCUAAAGGACAAACAGAGGAAAAGAACUAUGGACUAAAAGCUGCAGAAGUUUCUUCUCUUCCACCUUCAAUAAUAUGGGAUGCCAAGGAAAUCAUAACUGUUAUUGCUAGUCAAAUGUUGCAACGAAGAAGUAGUCCUGAAAUGUUAAAGCAGAAGGCUAUAUAUCACUUAGCAAAUAGGUUGGUUCAGACGGCUCGCAACUCUCGAUUGGAUCCAGACAGCCUGCGAAUAUACCUGAAAGGUCUGAAGAAAAAGUAUGAGACUGAUUGCUUUGCUGCUGAACAAGCACCCACAGAAGACCAGCAGUAAUUUAUACUUCAGUCUGGGGGACAAACUAAUAUACACAUGAUCGGCACCUGAAAAUGUUUUUUACCAUAUACAAGACAAUGAUUUUUUAAAAAAUCAUUAUACAUCUGGAGUAUUCUGUUUUGUUGUUUGAAUGUGUUAAUUUUGCAGCAAAUGCAUUCUUAUUUAAAUUGGAAAGAUUAACAGUUAAAUUGUAGAACU